AUGCGUCUUCUGUUUGACCAUUACAAGCAUAGACUCGAAAUUCACGGCAGUUCUCCCAUUGUGAUUCAAGAAGAUGAGCAAGAACCUAGUGGAAGUGGGGAUGGGAAGAAGAAAGGGAAGUUUUGGGGUGAUUUCAGGAAAAUGAAAAGAGAUGCCAUUCUGAAAGGAACUAGAAAAAGUUCCAAAUCUGAGUUUGAUAGGUACCUUGAGGAGGAGGAGGAGGAGGAUGAUGAAGUGGUUACACGAGCAUUGGUAGGUUCAGAAGAAGAUGAAUACAAUUUUAACAUCUUGGGAUGGUGGUUGCGAAAUUGGAUAAGAUCUCCAGACUCCGAGUUGGUGGCUGAUGGAGAAGAUGAGGGUGAUGAAGUGGUAUUUCAAAAUGUAUAUGCAGCUUUUCAAGCUCAGAGUGCAAGUGCACCUGCAGGACCUAGUAGAAGCUCUCCUGCUACCCAUGUUUUGAUCCAAAGUCCUACUAUGUCACAAGUGGAAGAAGACUAUGUCGACGAUAAUUCUGAUGAGAAUGAUGAGACUUAUGUGGAUGUAGAGCCCGAUGAGGAGUGA